UAGUGCGUGUGCGGGCUUGACAUUUAUCACGUGGAGCGCCGAGGCUCUGCAGUUGGAGGAGCACAACGGAGGAAGAGGAGCAGGCGGGAGGAAGGCAGUGGCGCUGAUGCGGUCGUGGCGGGGGGAUGACAAGGUAAACUGAACCCCUGAUAUUCAGUGCGCACAUGAGUGGUAUCAGGGCGGCGAGGCAAGCCGUGAAUUCCUCCACCUCCCCCUGAUCUCGGUUCUGUUGUCCCCGGAGCGCACAGAGCGGACUGGGACUAUGGAGGAUGUCUAUCACUACAGCCGCAGCCCUGCCUGGGAGGAACUGGAGCCGGAGAAAGUGCCGGCGUCCGCGGCGGGGAUCCAUGCCCAUGUGGUGGGCGCUGUCGCUGGCUCCGGUGCUGCGGACGAGUCCUCUGAUAGCGAGGCAGAGCAGGAAGGCCCCCAGAAACUCAUCCGGAAAGUGUCCACCUCAGGACAGAUCAGGAGCAAGACGAGUAUAAAGGAGGGAUUGCUGCUGAAACAGACUAGCUCGUUCCAGAGGUGGAAAAAGCGCUACUUCAAACUGAGAGGCCGAACUCUCUACUACGCCAAAGACGCCAAGUCCGGCAGUGCCUUGGCACGCUGGCAGGAGCGGGCGCUGCGCAGAGUGUCUAGGAGUCGCGUGUGCUGGCGGGUUCUGUCUGUGUGCUGGACGGGUGCACAACGCCCCCCCCCACCUCUGGGUGCCAGUGGAUCUGAGGAAGGCCUAGUGAGAAUCCGGUCCCUUAUCUUUGACGAGGUGGACCUAUCAGAUGCCAGUGUUGCAGAGUCCAGCACAAAGAAUGUCAACAACAGCUUCACGGUGAUCACUCCGUUCCGUAGGCUCAUCCUCUGUGCCGAGAACAGGAAAGAGAUGGAGGACUGGAUCAGUUCGCUGAAGUCUGUCCAGUCAAGAGAGCAUUACGAGACGGCACAGUUUAAUGUGGAACAUUUCUCAGGGAUGCACAACUGGUACGCCUGCUCCCAUGCACGGCCCACUUUUUGCAACGUCUGUAAAGACAGCUUGUCUGGGGUCACGUCUCACGGGCUCUCCUGUGAAGUGUGCAAAUUCAAAGCCCACAAACGCUGUGCUGUCAGAGCCACUAACAACUGUAAAUGGACGACGCUGGCUUCCAUAGGAAAAGAUAUUAUUGAAGAUGAGGAUGGGAUUGCUAUGCCUCAUCAGUGGCUGGAAGGCAACCUGCCUGUCAGUGCCAAGUGUGCUGUGUGUGAUAAGACAUGUGGCAGCGUGCUGAGGCUGCAGGACUGGCGCUGCCUCUGGUGCAAAGCUAUGGUGCACACAGCCUGUAUGGACCUGUACCCUCGCAAGUGCCCUCUGGGUCAGUGCAAAGUCUCCAUCAUUCCCCCUACAGCGCUCAACAGCAUCGACUCAGACGGCUUCUGGAAAGCCACCUGUCCCCCAUCAUGUGCCAGCCCCCUCCUGGUUUUUGUUAAUUCCAAAAGCGGUGACAACCAGGGAGUGAAAUUCCUGCGACGCUUCAAACAGCUCCUCAACCCGGCUCAAGUGUUUGACCUGGUCAAUGGCGGGCCACACCUUGGCUUGCGCCUGUUUCAGAAGUUCGAUAACUUCCGGAUCCUGGUGUGUGGAGGUGAUGGCAGCGUGGGCUGGGUCCUCUCAGAGAUUGAUAAACUCAAUCUACACAAACAGUGCCAGCUGGGGGUGUUGCCCUUGGGCACGGGCAACGAUCUGGCGCGGGUGCUAGGCUGGGGCCCGUCAUGCGAUGAUGACGCCCAGCUGCCUCAGAUCCUGGAAAAGUUGGAGAGGGCCAGCACCAAGAUGCUGGAUCGCUGGAGCAUCAUGACCUACGAGAUUAAGAUCCCACCCAAACACAGCUGCCCCACGACGCCUGAGGGGGCUGACGACUGCCAGUUUCACAUUUCCACCUAUGAAGACUCAGUAGCUGCUCACCUCACAAAGAUCCUCAACUCUGAGCAGCACUCUGUGGUCAUCUCCUCGGCCAAGAUCCUGUGUGAAACGGUGAAGGAUUUUGUUGCCAAAGUGGGGAAAGCCUAUGAAAAAAGCACAGAGAACACAGACGAGUGCGACACUAUGUCUCUCAAAUGUGGCAUCCUGAAUGAGAAGCUGGACUCCCUCCUGCAGACUCUCAACACCGAGUGUCAGGCUCUACCUCCACUUCCCCACCCCACACCUCCUUUUGUAGAAGAGGAGCAGGAAGAGGAGGAGGAGGAAGAGGAGGAGGCCAGCGAGGAGAGCCUGACAGAACUGAAGGAGAAGCUGGAGGAGGAGGAGACAGAGAAAGGAGGAGGAGGUUCCCCACACCAGCUCUUCAAAAGCAGGGAGCAGCUGAUGCUCAGGGCCAACAGCCUGAAGAAAGCUGUGCGACAAAUCAUAGAACAGGCCGAGAGAGUGGUCGAUGAGCAAAACGCCCACACAGAGGACACGGAUCUGCCGUCUCCCCUGGAGUUCAGGAAGGACAGUGAGGAGGAGAACAGAGACAGUGAGAAGGAUGAGGACACCAAAGAACUGGAGACGGUGCCAUCCGCUAAGAGUCCCUGUUCUCCUACGGAGAGGAGGGUGAGCCGCAGCACCCAGUCCUAUGGCUCCUUCACCAUCACCCCCUUCACCACCAGCAAGGAGAACCUCCCCGUACUCAACACACGCAUCAUCUGCCCCGGACUGCGGGCUGGUCUGGCUGCCUCUAUCGCUGGCAGCUCCAUCAUUAGCAAGAUGCUGCUGGCUAACAUCGACCCCUUUGGUGCCACAUCCUUCAUCGACCCUGAUCUCGACUCGCUAGAAGGCUACAUGGAGAAGUGUGUGAUGAAUAACUACUUUGGCAUUGGCCUGGACGCAAAGAUCUCACUGGAGUUCAACAACAAGCGAGAGGAGCAUCCAGAGAAGUGCAGGAGUCGAACCAAGAACAUGAUGUGGUAUGGUGUUUUGGGCACAAAAGAGCUUCUGCAGAGAACCUACAAGAACCUGGAGCAGAAGGUGCAGCUAGAGUGUGACGGCCAGUACAUCCCGCUGCCCAGCCUUCAGGGGAUCGCUGUGUUAAACAUACCUAGCUACGCAGGCGGGACCAACUUCUGGGGUGGCACUAAGGAGGAUGAUAUCUUCUGUGCCCCAUCAUUUGAUGAUAAGAUCCUGGAAGUUGUGGCUGUGUUUGGGAGUAUGCAGAUGGCUGUGUCCAGAGUCAUCAAACUGCAACACCACCGCAUAGCACAGUGUCGAACGGUGAAAAUCACCAUCCUCGGUGAUGAGGGGGUCCCCAUUCAGGUGGAUGGUGAAGCCUGGAUCCAGCCGCCUGGAGUUAUCAAGAUCCAGCACAAGAACAGAGCUCAGAUGCUCACCAGGGACCGGGCAUUUGAGAACACGUUGAAGUCAUGGGAGGACAAGCUGAAGUAUGAUAAGCCUCCUCUGCGGCCUCACCUCUACACACAACAGUCUGUGGACCUGGCUACAGAGGAGGAGGCUGGCCUGGUGCAGAUGUGUGCACGAGCUGCAGAGGAGCUUAUCACUAGGAUAUGUGAGGCUGCCAAGACCAAUGGGCUCUUAGAGCAGGAGCUGGCUCAUGCUGUUAAUGCUGCAUCUCAUGCCAUCAACAAAACACACCCCAAGUUUCCAGAGAGUCUGACUAGGAACACAGCUAUGGAGGUGGCCAGCACUGUCAAGGCACUCUACAACGAGACCGAGUCUCUCUUGCUGGGCCGAGUCUCUCUGCAGCUGGACCCGCCAGAGGAGGAGCAGCUGUCCAGUGCUCUGCAGAGUGUGGAGUUGGAACUGGGCAAACUGGGAGAGAUUACCUGGCUCUACCACAUACUGCAGCCUAACGAUGAGGAGGUUGAUUGUGCUUAUGUACCAGGACCACCCUUUGGGUUACGGCAAGAGGAACAGUCGCAGCAGCAUGUUCCGCAUAGUGCCCAAGUUCAAGAAGGAGAAGGCCACCAAGAAGACAAGCCCUCAGUCAGUGGAAAGAUGGGGCACAGAGGAGGUGGGCAUCUGGCUGGAACAAUUGAGUCUGGGGGAGUACAGGGACACCUUCAUCCGGCACGACAUACGAGGCUCGGAGCUGCUUCACCUGGAGAGAAGGGACCUGAAGGUACACAUAUACACCUGCUGACACACCUCAGUCCCUCAGUGAAUCUGUGUUAACCCACUCCCUGACCCACAAUCAACUCUUCUUCUCUGUCUCCUCUUACGUUCUUUAACCUGUCAGAUGUCUCCCUGUCCUGCUGUGCUGCAUUGCUCUGCUUGGCUUCUUCUGUCUAACUGUUGCUUGAUGAAGGAGACUCACUGUGACCCACUAACACUGUGUAUUUGCUGAGAGGGGAAGCCUAGAGGGAAGAGCUGGGCUGGGCAUGAAUAAGCCAAACCCGAAUGGGUUGUAGAGGGCUAAAACUGCAAAGCUAAGCAACAGAGCCAGACACAGUCUCGUCAAGUUUAAAUUAGCUGAUGACGUGUGUAUGUGUACAUAGAUACACAUCACAGUUCCACUCAAUGUGGAGCCUUCACGUGAAGCCUUCCUCCUCAAAGUGCUGGUGUCUCUCCUUGGUGGAAAUUAUGUUGCCUCUAUUUCACUUACACAAGAGCAUUUUGAGAAAUGAAGAAAUGAAGAGAACAACAACGAGCUCCCCUUCAAGUAAAAACUCACCAUGUAGCGUUAGGUUGAACAUGUUUUUUUUAAUAUUUAUGAGGGAUGGUAUUCAUCUUGUUUUCCUGCACACAGUCUGCAGUUCCACAUGUUUCCUUUAUACCUGGUUUAGUUGUCAGGUGAACCCCCUUUCCAGAUCCGGACUAAAUUCCCAGCAUGAAAGUGACAAAACAGUAAAUGCCAAUUGUGUAUAUAGUGUAGUUGGUCUAAAGCAUCUAUGUAUUUCCAGUUAACAAAAAUCAUAGACCGACUGAAAGCAGAUUUUUGACUCAGGUAUCAGUAUUAAUAUUAUCCAUAAAUGGAUAAUAUACAGUAAACAGAUUUUUGAUCUCUUACAUGUGGUUAUUAAAGAAUCAUGAACAUUUUACAGUUGAAUAUAUUUGUCAGUCCAAACAAUGUGAUGGAAAUGCUGUUUCAGAAUUAACUCUAACAUGUCUUUUCUUCAUGUUGCUAAUUGACCGACAUAGACUCGGUUAGACUAGCGUAUCGGCAGUGAGCUGACAGAGAGCAGAAACUCCAGACAAGCUGAAGCUAAAAAAUGGGCUUAAAGUUUUCAAACUGACUGAGUAACCAGUAGCAGGAUACGGUGCCAUUUCUCUGUUGAUGUCUUAUGGACUUAGUAUUUUCUAACAACAAAUAAAUGACGUAAGCUUUUGGAAAACUUCAGGGAAUAAGAGGGGAGAAAACGUUUGGCUUUUCAGUUCUCCUUCAUCACCUUGAAUUGAAGUUAAAAGAUCAUUUAAAUGUGUUCAAAUAAGUUGUGUAAAAGUAGCUUAACCACUCCAAACUGUGAAUUUUACUAUAGUC